AUGCCGCCUUCAGGCAAAGUGACAUCCACUUUUUACAAAUACACCGUCCAACCUCGUGGUAUUGGUGCCUGGAUCAACAAAUGGCUCGCCAUUGACCCCGACCGAUCGACCGGUGUUCCGCUGAACCCUCAAUUCCGCAACCCGCCCCCGGGAGCCAACGAUCCGAAUACAUACGACGACCCGGUUACCGUUCCUGCUGCGGACCUGGCGGACAAUCCAUACUGGAAGCGAGACGUUCGCCGAGGAUAUGCGCGACUCAGUGUUGUGAAGCCCGCCGAUGUCGUGGGGCUGUUGACGGUUGGCAGCAAGGCGGCGCCCAAAGAGGAUGUCCUCCUCAUCGGUGAUGCGGGGCAGAAGCAGCUGGUGGAACUGAAGGCGGGGGAAAAGGGGUUGGCGGCGUUCUUCCAAGGGAAGGAUAAAGCGGUAGCGGACGUGUUGGAAGCCGGUGGACUGCCGCCAAUGCCAACGAACAUGCAUCCAACAACGGGGAAUGUGGGAGCAAAGGAUUACCGGUUGUUGGCGGAGGCAGAGCAAGGAUAUGACACUAGGUGA